AUGUCACCCGACGACGACGCACCGCACGUUCGUGACCGGGACAGUGAAGCGUUGUUGACCGCGAUGGACAGCGUCGAAGUCUCGCAGGAGGAGCGGCAGAACGGAUACGACAUCAGCUUACUCGCGCUCAAACCCCGCAACUCCGCCCAUCUCCCCAACUCGCUCGCCGUCGAACACGAAGACCCCUUCGUCGACGCAGACGAACGAUCUCCGUUGGCGCACCCCGACUCUUCCUUCGCUGCCUCUGAUCGUCCGUCCUCUACUCGUUCAUCCGAACAACGCACCCGCCUCACCGCCGUUCCGCCAGUCUCGAACACCGUUCCGCGCUUUGCCGCCGCAGCCUACCAACACCGAGCUCAAGCAUCCGAGUCUCGCUCGUCGCUCACGAAGCAUCGGUUGGAGACGAUGUUGGCGGGCGAGGCGCACGAGGCGGACGAGGAGAAGGGAAGCUGGGUGGUUGACGGAGUGAAGACGAGGGUGAAGAAGCCGCUUUGGCAGCGAAGGUGGCUGCUCCUCGUCGCUGCGGUCGUGGUACUUUCCGUCUCCGUCGGCGUCGGAGCGGGCGUCGGCGUGAUGAUGAGCCGAAAGAACCACUCGACGGCGGCGGACAAGCAGGACACCGCGUCGACCUCAGCAUCGUCGUCCUUCACCGCAGUACCACACACGGCUAUCCCUUUGCCCGCCUCCAGCUCUCCUUCCUCCUCGCCGCCCGGUUCGGCGGGAUUACCUGCGACUGCGGCUCCCACCGACUCGGGAUCAGCGGGCGAAACGGCUUGGGACUCGUCUCCAACGCUCGCUCCACAGGGAGCGUCUCCUUCUGCCGCAGCUACAGAGUGGGUGCCAACGUCGGAUGCAUGGUCGGGCGAUGAGACGGGCUCGGGCUGGACGUAG